AUGUUUCUUCAACCUCCAAGAGAGCCAUACCUAAUCCCCCAACCAUUCUUCUUUCCCAGCAGCCCUUUUGUUUACCAAAACUAUGAGCAAGUUCAACCUCAUUAUUCUCAGGCUCAUCUCUACGUUUGUGAUCCAUUCUAUCAUGUCUUUCCAGAUCAUCCCUUUCCACCUUACUAUUUUCAGCAGCCGCCAAACCCACCACCCUUAAACCCUAGAGAGCUGCUUCCUCCGCCACGAAGAAACACUCGCAUUAGGCCACAGAGGAGCAGGGCAGCUACAACUUCUGGCGUCCGCAAAUGGGUGCCAAAAAGGAAACCGGAGCAAACUUCUACCUCCGUUAGCACGAGAAAUGCUCAGGAGGGUUCUUCUCAGCUGAUUCCAUUUCCUGCAAGUCCUGAUGAGCAAAUAACUUCUACUACAACAACGCUUAUGAUAAGGAAUAUCCCAAAUCAUUUUGGGAGGAGUGAUCUAGUGGGUAUAGUGAAAGAUCAUUGCUUGAAUGAGAACUUGAACUCUGAGUUGCGGUGUGAACCCACUAAGAAGUCCGAGUUCGAUUUUCUCUACUUGCCUAUGGAUUUCAAGGAGUUCUGGGUAAACAAGAGGAUUUCCAACCUGGGAUAUGCUUUCGUGAAUUUCACCUCCUCUGUUGCUGCAAUCAGAUUCUAUAAGCGAUACCACCAAUUUGAGUGGCCUGUACUGAAAAACAAGAAGAUCUGUGUGGUUGCUUGCGCCAAAACCCAGGGCAAGGAAGCUUUAAAGAAGAGUUUCAAGAACAAGAAUUUUUGGUGCCACAGCAACGAGUGCUUGCCGGUGAUUUUAGUACCUCCAUGCGACGGUGUUAAGAAAUCCCGUCUUAUAACGGUCGGCAAACUCGCCGGACAGCCUAAGAUGAAAAGAAAUUAG